AUGUCGCCCCAUCGUGAUGUCGGGCACGUUCGCACUGGCCACCAGCGGAGGCGCCGGGCGGCCCGGCUCGGUGCCGGGGUAAGCCCCCCGCCCCCACGAGCCGCGGCGGAGGCCGGCGAACCCCGGGCGGCUCGGGGUCCUCAAGGGCGGCCACAGGGCGCAGAGCGGCCGAACGAGGAGAACGGGCAACGCGCCGUGGACGUGGGUCCCGUCUCCCCGCGUCCCGGUCCCGGUCCCGGUCCCGGAGGGCCCUCUCUCCCGCCUCCUGCGGCCCCACGACCCGCGCGCUUCCGAGGCGCAGCGCGCAGGCCCGGGCCAGCCCCCGAGAACGCGCGGACCCCGGCCGUGCCAGCAGCAAACGUGGCCACGGCGCCCCACGCCCCUCCCCGAGCGCCUGUUCCCCCCGCGGUCACCGCGAGGGCAGCGCGGGGGCUCGUCGUCCUCGGGACGCGGCGCGGCUGCCGAGCCCCACCCGCGGCACCCCCUUCCCGGGGCAGUCCUCGCGGAUCGGCCGCCCACCCCCACGCCGGCGCCCCCGGGGCCGAGACCGCCGCCCGCCCUCUGCCCGCACCUCCGCCGGGGAGGACCGCCCCCGCCGCCCCCGCCGCCUCCCCCAGCUCGGCAGCCACCCCCUCGCCACUCGGCUUCCCCGACCCUGCGCCUCCGGGGGCGUUCGGCCCCCGCCUUCCGUCCUCGGGGCCCUCCCCUACCUCGCCGCUCUGCGACGCGCCCGCCACCCCCGCGCCCACCGGAGCCGGGACUCCGAGCCCCGGUCGGGGGUCUCCGGCGCGCAUGCGCGCGGCCCUCUUCCCGCGCACCUGUGCGAGCGCCGGAGGCGGGGCGGUCGCCUCCGCGCACCUGUGCGAGCGCCCCGCGGGCUCCCCGGCAUCCUCCCGCGCGCCAUCCAGCGCCCGGGGGGGGGGGUCUUCCGGCUCUUGCGGCGCCCCCGCGAGCGCCCCGGAGGGUCCUCCGCCGCCUCCCGCGCGCCAGCGAGCGCCCCGGGUCCUCCGGCGCCUUCCCGCGCUCCCCAGAGCGCCCGGGCUGUUCCGGCGCCGCCAGGCCCGCCCGGCGAGUCCCCCUGCGCCCUCGCCCCCGGGACGCGCGCUCCCCCAGCCCGCCGCGGGGCGGACGGCGGCGGCCCGGCACUGGGCACUCACCUCGGCCUCGGAGGCCCAGCCGCUCCGCCGAGCGCGCCCAGGCUUCGAGCCGCGGGGGCCGGAGCGGCCGCAGCCUCAGCCGGGCGCGCGUGCACACGGGCGCGCAGCCUCCGGGCUGGAGCGCGAGCCCGCGCCGCCCCUGCCCGCUCCGGGGACGGAGCCGCUCCGCGCGGGGCCCUCCUCCGCCCGCCGCCCGCUUAACCCUUUCCGCAGCCGCGGCAGCUCCUGCAGAUGCUGGCGCUCCGGGCGUGCAGAGCGGCGCCGCCUGGGUACCCACGACAGCCCCACGCGGAGGGGCGCCGACGGCGAGGUGGACCCCGGUGCGCCUCGUGAAUACUGCUUGCACCCCCCAGCCACCCCACAAGAAGCGAAACCAGGUUCCCGCCGGCGCGCGGGGGUCUCUGCCUGA